UAAAAGCUAAAACAAACGUUUUUCUUUUCACCAACCAGGUGCCGAACUACCUCCCGUCCAUCAGCGCCGCCAUCAGCCGCAUGCCGGAGCGUUACAUCUGGCGCUGCUGCAUCGGCCUCCACUCUGCCCCACGUUACCUGGUGGCCGUCGCCUAUUUUAACUUCUACCGCAGUCGCUUUGCCAAGAGGUGGCUGGAGCUGCUGCUCAGCGGACUUGCUCUCCUCUGCAGCCUCACCGAGAACACGGGCCUGCUGCUGCUCACAUACGUGUCGUCCACGGAAACAUACAGUCUUCAUAAAAACGGCUUCAUCACGUUUGUAGCGAGCUCGCUGCUGCACAUGCUCAUUACGUGCUGGCUGUGGCAGGUGAUCAGGAGAUACUGUGAGAACCCAGAGAACUACAUUAACCAUCGAGACUGCAGUGACGACUCCUCAUCUGUGGGGGGCACUGCAGACCCGUUAGUGCUUCAUAACCACACAGCAAGGUUGUAUUGUGUAUGCUCUGGUGAAGGACGUGUAGGUCUCAGUGUGUUGGAGGUUUGAGGACGUUCAAGGUUU